CGGUGGGGCGGUGCGGCGCGGGGCCUGCCGGUAGAUGUAGUCUUCCCGGCCGAGCUCGUGCAUCGGCGCCGCGUUCUCCGGGGCCGCCCGGGAACUACAGCCGGCGGUAGCCAGCGUGUGCCCGCGAGGAUGGCGGCUCCCUUGGUGCUGGUGGUCCUGGUGGCCGUGACGGUCCGGGCUGUGCUCUACCGCUCCAGCCUCGCCGCCUUCAUCUCCGAGCGGGUCGAGGUGUCGUCCCCGUUAAACGCCUGGAAGCGAGUGGUCGAAGGAUUAGCUCUGCUGGAUUUAGGGGUCUCACCGUAUUCUGGAGCUAUUUUUCAUGAGACCCCACUGAUAAUAUAUCUCUUUCACUUCCUGAUUGAAUAUGCUGAAUUGGUGUUCAUGGUAACUGAUGUGCUAACUGCUGUUGCCCUUUACUUGGCCAUCCAAGACUUCAACAAAGUUGUGUUCAAAAAGCAAAAGCUUCUAAUAGAAUUGGAUAAAUAUGCACCAGAUGUGGCUGAACUCAUCCAGACGCCCAUGGAAAUGCAUUACAUCCCCCUCAAGGUAGCACUAUUCUACCUGUUAAACCCCUACACGGUGAUGUCUUGCGUGGCAAAGUCCACCUGCGCCAUCAACAAUACUGUCAUUGCAUUCUUCAUUUUAGCUACAAUAAAAGGUAGUGCCUUCCUCAGUGCUGUGUUCCUGGCCUUAGCAACCUACCAGUCACUCUACCCUCUCACAUUGUUUGCUCCAGCACUCCUUUACCUUCUACAGCGUCAGUUCAUACCAAUAAAACUGAAAAGUAAAAGCUUCUGGCUCUACACCAUGCAGUAUGCAGCCCUGUACUUGUGCAGCCUGGUGGUGAUCAUCUGCCUCUCCUUCUUCCUCCUCAACUCCUGGGAUUUUAUCCCAUCUGUUUAUGGGUUUAUCCUUUCCGUUCCAGAUCUGACACCCAAUAUUGGCCUUUUCUGGUACUUCUUUGCAGAGAUGUUUGAACACUUUAGUCUUUUCUUCGUAUGUGUGUUUCAAAUCAAUGUGUUCUUCUACACCAUUCCCUUGGCAAUAAAGCUAAAGGAACACCCUGUGUUCUUCAUGUUUGUCCAGAUCGCAAUCAUUUCUAUCUUCAAGUCCUAUCCCACUGUGGGAGACAUUGCAUUGUACAUGGCCUUCCUUCCAGUCUGGAGCCACCUUUACAGAUUCCUCCGGAACAUCUUCAUCCUGUCAUGUGUGCUCAUUGUCUGCUCCCUCCUGUUCCCCGUUCUGUGGCAUCUAUGGAUUUAUGCAGGAAGUGCCAACUCCAAUUUUUAUUAUGCCAUCACGUUGACUUUCAACAUAGGGCAGAUCCUGCUCAUCUCGGAUUAUUUCUAUGCCUUCCUCCGGCGGGAGUACUACCUCACUCAUGGACUCCACUUGACAAGGCAAGAUGGGACAGAGGCCAUGCUUGUUUUGAAAUAAGGAUUGUACCCGCCAUUCCCUGGGACAUGCAAAGCUUGGGGUAUGUGGGGUGGGUGGGGAAGGUUCCCUGAAUGAGGUCUGACUUGGGGAAUGAUACCUACUGAAAGAAAGGGUUGAAGUUCUUCUGGGAAUACCCUCCUGAGCUGUGGGCUCAGUGCAGAGACUGUAGGAGGUACAAGUAGGAGCUGCAGUGCCUCUGUCUGGAGUAUCUCCCUUCUUCCCUCAGCUGUGCUUUUCACUGCGACCUCAACCAUCAACUCUGGGCGGUCCAGCAGGAACUGGAGAAAGUGUCUUGAGCUAAAAGUGGGGCUGAAUCUCUGGCCCAGAAAGAGCUCAGCCCAUAAGCUGUUUAAUUUACUAUUACUGCUUCUUGGAGAUGUUUGCUUCUCCUGGAAAUUGCCCCCUGCUCCUGCUUGGCUCAAGGCAAUUUCUGGAUACCUGGUGCUUAAGCCCUGGCUGCAGAUGCCAUUUCUUGGUUCUCCUGCUGUUGUGGGACCUGGAAAAAUCACUCAUGCUCAGGCACAGCGGGUGCUUGUGAAACAAAUGGGUGACCAAGGAUGAAUGACCUGUUGAAAGGACAGCUAAAGCUGCUGCCACAGGUAAUAAUCUUGGCGCUCAAACACUAGUAAGAACUGGAAUUGAGGUGAAAACAGGAGCAGGGUGGGCACCAGGUAACUGCUGGAUCCCAUUAAAGCAAUGCAGACACUUUCGUAUCAGGAGCUGCACAGAGGCAUUACAGGGUCUCAGAAGAAGGAACACUACUGUGGAGGUGAUGGAUAGACUCCUGCUACUCCUUGUUUCUGUAGGGUAACAAAGCUUGGCAGUGCAGGGCUCACACUAUACCGUUGUGAUUGCUUGGGGAGGCAGCCUGGAUGUGGAAUGAGCAAGCUGCCUGCCUGGGCUAGAGACCAGGAGGUGUCAAAAAUCUCCCCUUUAAGGCCCCAGACCAAAUCCGGAAGGAGCCUCAGCCACUGCUGUUGUGAAGUUGUUGGGCUCCAGGUGUUCCACAGCCACUUAGCACUAUGGGAUAUGCACUUCCCCAUGUUACCCUCUUGCAAGUACAGUGAUGGUAUCUUGCGGCUGUGUGGGGGGGACUCCAUUAAAGCACUAUCCCUUGGUUCCCCCAUGGCUCCCUUCUGUCUGUGCUCAGACCUGCUCACUUCAGAGCUGCUGCCGCUGCUGACCCCGUGAAUGUGACCCACCAGGGCGAAUCCACCAGGCAGACUUCUUGCUCUGCUGGUUGCGUGGUGGCACUGAGAAGCAGUAACCACAGUGUGAAAGCCUUCUCACUGGUGUUGGGGCAGCAGGCAGCCCACUUCUCCACUGACCCCAAGAAAAAUCCAAACGGCUGGGAAUGUGACAACAUCGAAA